GCGCGGCCACGCGCGCGUCGCGGGAGGAGCUGUCGGCGGUGAGAUCAUGUGAGAGUCCACGCUUGAAGAAAGUAGGUUAGCAGGGUAGACUGAGAGGAAAGCAGGCGCAGAGGGGGGGUCCGAGCAGCACUCCUUCACGGUGGGACUGAUCUGUCAGAGGGGGAAUUAAAAAAACAACAACAACAACAACAAAAACCAGGAGUCUGAUCUGUUGGUCCGCGCGCACAGACGGAGACGAUGAGAACCCGAGAGACUUCCCUCACUCUUUUAUUUUGCUUCAACUUGAUCCAACGAUAACGGGGGGGUUUCGGACACUUUUCUGGUUUUUCUCCUCUUUUUUAUUUUUUAUUUUUUGGACUUUGCACAAAGGUCUAUUAAAGCUCUAAGCACUUAAAUGUUUUAUCUUUUUUUUAUUUCCUCUCCACCUCUUCAACUGACCCUCAUGUAGCCGGCGCUUUCUCGUCCUGCCCAGAGAAGAAAACAUAAAAAAAUGAGAGCUCAGAUCGAGGUCAUCCCUUGUAAAAUCUGCGGGGACAAGUCCUCAGGAAUUCACUAUGGAGUCAUCACCUGUGAAGGCUGCAAGGGUUUUUUCCGUCGCAGCCAGCAGAACAAUGCUAUGUACUCUUGUUCCCGCCAGAGGAACUGUCUGAUCGACCGGACGAACCGGAACCGCUGCCAGCACUGCCGACUGCAAAAGUGUUUGGCUUUGGGCAUGAGCCGAGAUGCUGUUAAAUUUGGUCGUAUGUCAAAGAAACAGCGGGACAGCCUCUACGCUGAGGUUCAAAAGCACCAGAAGUCCCAAGAGUGUGCCAGCACCGGGGGCUCCAAGCCUCUGUCUUUGCCCCGGGAGGAUGGAGUCUGUGGCAGCAGCACAGAUGAUGGAGAGGAGGGUCUGAGUCGGUCCUACAGCAGCGGGGGCUCCACCUCAACCCUCAGCGACCUGGAUGACAUCGCAGCGCUGCCUGACCUGUUUGACCUUCCGCUGACCCCGGAGGAGGCCAGCGAGUACUGCAGCCUGGAGCUGCUCGGAGGCGGAGGGGCCAGCACUGGGAACACCUCCAACUCCUCAUCGUCUUCGUCUUCAUCCUCAUCCUCACCCAUGUCCAAUCAGAGCUCCCCGCAGCAGACAGUGCUGGACUCGGCAGACACCAACGGGAGCCAGCUCCUGCACACCCAUCAGCUGCUGGGGCGCAAACGUUCACCGUCGGACCAUCUGCCCGAUGACUGCUCAAUAACAGAGCUCGAGAACAUCACCAAAAGCAUCUUUAAGUCUCACCUGGAAACGUGUCAGUACAGCGCUGAAGACAUGAAGAGAUUCACCUGGGUCCAGUACACACCGGAGGAAACCCGGGCCUUCCAGAGCAAAUCGGCAGAGUGGAUGUGGCAGCAGUGUGCGCACCACAUCACCAAUGCCAUCCAGUACGUGGUGGAGUUCGCCAAGCGCAUUGCAGGCUUUAUGGACCUGUGCCAGAACGAUCAGAUCAUUUUGCUGAAAGCAGGCUGUCUGGAGGUCCUGCUCAUCAGAAUGUGCCGCGCCUUCAACAGCAACAACAGCACCAUAUUCUUCAAUGGAAAAUUUGCUUCAGCUCCGUUCUUUAAAGCCCUCGGCUGUGAUGAUCUGGUGAGCGCCGUGUUCGAACUGGGGAGAGGGCUCUGCCGUCUGCAGCUCUCUGACGAGGAGAUUGCUUUGUUCAGCGCCGCUGUCCUUUUAUCCCCUGAUCGCCCCUGGCUGACAGAAGGCCAAAAGGUUCAGAAACUCCAAGAGAAAGUCUACCUGGCUCUGCAGCACAGUAUACAGAAGAGUGACGCUUGUGAGGAGAAACUCGAUAAGAUGGUGUCCAAGCUGCCCAUAAUGAAGUCUAUCUGUAACCUCCACGUUGAUAAACUGGAGUUUUUCCGUUUGGUCCACCCAGAGACCGCCUACAGUUUUCCGCCAUUGUACCGAGAAGUGUUUGGCAGCGAGAUGUCUCUGCCAGACUCCACUCACAGCUAGACAGACAGACUAAAAUGAGAAAUGGACAAAGAGUGUUAGGAGGUAGAGGAUCAAAAGGAGAGACAGCAAAGCAUAGAGAGUUUAAAGCUCAACGACCAGCGGUUACAAGACAAUCCAGGACUUUAAGUACUCCGUCUCCCAGAGUAGUCCUCCACUAUCCCAGCAGGCAUAAGCACCUUACACUACAGACCACACAUGCCCAUGUUCCUGUGAAUAUUGUAGCAAUGAAAACAACUGUAAUGAUGUCACAGCAGUCCACAUGGCAUGUAAAAGCUCCAAGCUCUAAAAGAUGUUUAACAUUUGAUCCUCGGUGGAUCACCAAACUAGUUAUGAAUGUACCUCAUCAGUUAGCACCAGUGCACAAGCAAGAACCCAACAACAAGGGUGAAUGUUCAUCUCUGACACACUAAAACACAGUUUCACACAAAGUAGGCAUCACUAAUAGAACAGUCAUAAUCACUAUCCCUCUAUGCCCUUGCAUCUCGGUGUGACGUGUAUUCAUGUAGACGCCAUCCUUUCACUAAGGGACCAAGAUCGCAGGUCAGAUUUUUCUCUGACGUACCGGUAAAUAAAAACACAUAUGAUACGACUCAGUGUGUACUCAGCUCAAACACACACACAUUGUCAGUCCACAGUGUUCGGUGCUGCCUUUUCAUAGGCUCUUGUAAUGCAAAGAGAAACCUCAAUCCCACACACCCUUUUCCUUGCAAAUGCCACUUAGCGACAGGAAAAGAUGAAAUGAUCUUUAAUUUAUAUACACAUUUAUAAGCAUAUAUUUUAAAUAAGAAUGUAAAUAGAUAACUAUGUAAGUAUUUGAAGAGAGUUAAGUGUGAGUGAGGGAGAGCGACAAAUGAUAAGGUGGGAGGGAACGCACAAGUGAUGUGAGAAAAACGGAUAAUUGGACUCGGAUCUUUUUGUAAUUUUUUUUUUUUUUUUGGGAUGAAUUUUUGUCCUCUUUUGACAGUAUUCUCAGGUUUCCCUGGCAACAAACCCCCUCCCCUGUUGGCAAAGCAUGUCCAUCGUCCAAUCAAGGGGAGGGAUGGGAACUUGUUGCUGAGUUGACACAGCAGGCGGGGGCAGGACAUUUGAACACGGGCAAAAACAAAAAUAAACUUUAAAAAACUGAAUAAAAGUUUUCAUUGCACUGCUGCUGCCCGCCCCUGCUACAAGAGACAAGAGGAUGAACUGGACUCUAAGAACAAGAGCAAGGCAAAAGAUGACUUCAAGAACUGUAUCAUGAAGGGGGAAACACUGGUCUCCCUACCAGCAGUCCGUACGACACGAGUACAUCGAUGUAACUGUGUUUUAUUCAGAGCUUUUCUUUUAGCUUCAGGCUGGGACUACAAAGGUCCAUAUGCAUCAGAACCCUCUCUGCUGGUUGGUGCAGUUGUAUUUUUUUGUACAUUUGGAGCUCCUCUCUCCUUUAACCCUGAACGCAACACUUUUCCCAAUACCAAGCACUUAUAUUUUCCUCUUUCUCACCUGACACCAGUCUAAGGCCAGACAGAGCUACCAGCUGCCCCCCUGAGUUUUGCUUCCAUGCCAGUAAGACUCAAAUCUGUUCGUUUUAUUAUUUUUCGUUUUUAUUCCAUGUCUGUCACACAAGGUCAGCCAUAACUGUUUACAACUGUCAUGUACAUAACCCAUUUUCUGACACACUGAGCUGAUGAUGAUGAUGUCUUACUUGGGGUGCUGUGAUGUUCUUGAGCAGAGUCUGAGGACCUCCUGCCUGCUGCUCAGGGUGCUAGCUGUGACCUCUUGUCCCUUUAUUAAAAGUGUCGUCUUUUAGCCUUGUACUCCUCACACCUUUGCACCUAAGACCCGUAACCAUAAUCACUGUGGACGUACAGUAAACUCUAUUUUUGUGAAUGUUACUUACAGCGUGUCAAAGCCCUUCCUGUUCGUCCUAAUAUUGUAACAUUCAAUUUAAGAUUGGUAGGAUUAAAAGGUUUAGAGUUCAAGAUCAAUUUUGUCAUUGGGAUUUAAUGUUUAUUUGCUGUGAUUUUCAGUUAUGCGUCAGUGUUUUGAUCCACGACUUCUUCACGUGUCUCCACGUUUUGUCUUGUAAAGCCAGUGACUUAAUGUUAUUUUUUAUUUCUGAAAAAUUAGGAAUUGUGCAAACAAACAAAACAAAUAGAAAAAAAAAACAUAGUUUCACUUCCUUCUCGUUUACCUGUAUGACAAAAUGUACAAGAGGUAUAUAACUAGUUCAAGAAAAACCAAGUCACACCAACUCAAUAUUCAGUAUAUUGUUCUCCAGUUGGAUACAUUUUUUGUGGUUUUAAGAAUGUAAUAA